AUGAUGACGCCAAUGAUGACGUCAAUAAUGGCUGCAAUGAGCUUAUUUAAGGGAAAGUACUUGUACAAAGCGAUGAUGCCGAAUUCGCCAUGGGGAGAACACGAGAUGGAUUAUGUGCUCAUCCUUCGUAACUUCGAUCUGUCACGGAUAGAAGUAAACGCGGAGGAAGUUGAAAAUUAUGCAGUUGUAUCGUUGGAAGAGUUGAAGAAACGCCUGGCGAAUCCAAACUGCAACUUCACGCCUUGGUUUCGUCUCUUCGAAAAUCUAGGACAUCUCGAAAAAUGGUGGAGAAACAUUGAAAAGCUGGAAGAAGAUAACGAAGAAUUAAUUAUUCGGAUG